GAAGCAUUUUGGGCUAAUCUGAAGAUUAUAUGGGCGUGUGUUUAUUUUCUUACGAUAAUUAUGACUCUAGACAUUAUUACAUCUAUUUAAUUGAUUAAUAGAGCUGCACUCAGAAGAGUACAUGUCAGGUAAUGAAGAAACCUUUGAGCACUGACAAUUAACUUUGUGUCAAGUCAUGUAAUAAUCUUGAAUGCUGUGUCAUCUCACCUUUGCUAGUAAAGCAAAAAAUCCUAACAUGUAUUCGUCCUACAUAUCGAAGAGUGUGCUCUGUAACCUUUAGUCAGAGAUUUUGUGCUUUCACAAUUGAUUUCAGUUGAAAGGGGAGUGCUGUUAUCAGAACCAGGGCUCAUGGACUCUGAGUGUAUUACACAAGCCCAAGCGUGUAACCUUUUAGACCCUCCUGUUAAAUCGGACUAUGACUCUGCAGACUUGUUACAUAACUUCACCUUCAGCACCAGGUUUUGAUGUAGAAAGCACCUUUCAGUUAAUUUAUAUUCCCAGGGGUGAAGCAGCAGAAACAUCUAAAGCUGUAACCAUGGUAUUUACAGACCGUCUAGCAGCUUAUUUGGCAGGGGUAAUCCUGUCACACCUGGCCCUAACCUGUGUUUUCCUUCUGGCCACGCUCGCUGCCGUCCGCUGGUACAUCAGAGAUUCCUACAAGGUUGAUGGUUUCAGCCAGAAACAUGUGCUCAUCACAGGCUGUGACAGCGGCUUUGGGAAUCUUCUGGCCAAACAGCUGGACCGAAAAGGUUUCCAAGUCAUGGCCGCCUGCCUCACAGAGAAAGGUGCCGCAGACUUGGCAGCGGCUGCCUCCCCCAGACUGAAGGCCUUCCUGCUGGAUGUUACGGACAGCGCGAGCAUCAGGAAGGCGGUGGAGUCUGUGAGCAGAGAGGUCGGAGAGCGAGGUCUGUGGGGUCUGGUGAAUAAUGCAGGAAGAUCGACACCCAUCGGCCCAACAGAAUGGAUGAAGUUAGAGGAUUUCACAAAGGUUUUGGAUGUGAAUCUGUUAGGAGUGGUUGACGUAACCCUCCAGUUUCUGCCUCUCUUAAAGAAAGCUCGGGGCAGAGUGGUGAAUGUAGCCAGUAUUCUGGGACGACUGUCUCUCACUGGUGGAGGAUACUGCCUGUCCAAAUGGGGAGUGGAAGCCUUUUCUGACAGCCUCAGGAGGGAAAUGCAGCACUUUGGUAUUAAUGUGAGCAUCAUCGAGCCCGGUUUCUUCAAGACUAACGUGACCCGCAUUGAUCUUAUUGACGCUAACCUGAGGAGACUGUGGUCCCGCCUCCCUCAAGAUGUGAAAGACUCAUAUGGAGCUACAUACUUUGAUGAGUAUGUGAAAGCUCAGACCUUCUCCAUGGGACUCUUGUGCAGUCCGGAUAUCUCUAAGGUGACGAGGUGCAUGGAGCACGCGCUGACCGCUCGCUUCCCACGCACACGUUACGCAGCAGGCUGGGACGCAAAGCUUUUCUGGAUCCCUUUGUCCUACCUCCCUUCAUUCAUUGCAGACUUUAUAGUCAAUUUGAUUCUCCCUUCUCCUAAACAAAAGAUGUAAAUAGCAGACAGCCUUUAACAUCGCUGUAAAACUUUGUAUGACUGUGUCAUUACUUCUCUCCUGUGUAUAUGUUGACCAUGUUCACCCUAAGCUAAAGCUGAUUGAGAUUUUCCCACACAGCAUCUCUAGGGGUUAGAAAAGAUGAUUCAAAAAAAGAUAAAACAGUAGCUCAAAUAACCACUUGUUAAAACCAAGAUAUACAGAAGAGCAUCUCUGAACACACAACACAUCAAACACUGAAGGAGAUGAGCUAGAGCAGCAGAUGACCCCACCGGGUCCCAUUCCCAUCGGCUAAGAAGAGGAAGCUAAGGUUACAAUGUGCACGGGCUCACCAAAAUUAAACAAUACAAGACUGGC